GGUUCUAGGAAGUGCGCAGGGGCAGAGGCGGAGGAUUAGGAAUGGACGGGCGAAGGACCCGGGGUCACGAGACCGUUGGGUAGGCGGAGCCAGCGCCGGGGAGGUUCUAGUCUGUUCUGCCUCGCGGCAGCCGCCCCCUUCUACACGAUCACGCUGAGCUAGUACCCGCGCCUGGAAUCGGGUCGCAACCCCAGCCGCGCCUGCCGCCUGCCACUGCCUCUGGACCAUGGACCCCCGCAAAGUGAGCGAGCUUCGGGCUUUCGUGAAAAUGUGUAAGCAGGAUCCGAGCGUUCUGCACACCGAGGAAAUGCGUUUCCUGCGGGAGUGGGUGGAGAGCAUGGGGGGUAAAAUACCACCUGCCACUCAUAAAACUAAAUCAGAAGACAGUAUCAAGGAAGAAAAACCAGAUAGUAAGAAGGCGGAGGAAAACAUAAAGACAGAUGAACCAUCAAGUGAGGAGAGUGAUCUAGAAAUUGACAAUGAAGGUGUGAUUGAACCAGAUACCGAUGCCCCUCAAGAAAUGGGAGAUGAAAAUGCAGAGAUAACCGAGGAAAUGAUGGAUCAGGCAAAUGAUAAAAAAGUGGCUGCCAUUGAUGCCCUAAAUGAUGGUGAACUACAGAAAGCCAUUGACUUGUUCACAGAUGCCAUCAAACUAAAUCCUCGCUUGGCCAUUCUGUAUGCCAAGAGAGCCAGUGUCUUCAUCAAAUUACAGAAGCCAAAUGCUGCCAUUCGAGACUGUGACAGAGCUAUUGAAAUAAAUCCUGAUUCAGCUCAGCCUUAUAAGUGGCGCGGGAAAGCACAUAGACUUCUGGGCCAUUGGGAAGAAGCAGCACAUGAUCUUGCCCUUGCUUGCAAACUGGAUUAUGAUGAAGAUGCUAGUGCGAUGCUGAAAGAAGUUCAACCGAGGGCCCAGAAAAUUGCUGAACAUCGGAGAAAAUACGAGCGAAAACGUGAAGAGCGAGAGAUCAAAGAAAGAAUAGAAAGGGUUAAGAAGGCUCGGGAAGAACACGAGAGAGCCCAGAGGGAGGAAGAAGCCAGACGACAAUCAGGAGCUCAGUAUGGCUCUUUCCCAGGUGGCUUUCCUGGGGGAAUGCCGGGUAAUUUUCCUGGAGGAAUGCCUGGAAUGGCAGGGGGGAUGCCUGGAAUGGCAGGAAUGCCUGGGCUCAAUGAAAUUCUUAGUGAUCCGGAAGUUCUUGCAGCCAUGCAGGAUCCAGAAGUUAUGGUGGCCUUCCAGGAUGUGGCCCAGAACCCAGCGAAUAUGUCAAAAUAUCAGAGCAACCCAAAGGUUAUGAAUCUCAUCAGUAAAUUGUCAGCCAAAUUUGGAGGUCAAGCAUAAUGCCCUUCUGACAAAUAAAGCCCUUGCUGAAGGAAAAGCAACUUCAAUCACCUAAUGGAUGUCGCAAUAAUACAAACCAGUGUACCUCCGACCUUCUCAUGAAGAAAGCUGGGGUGCUGUGAAGAGAAUCCCUACCCCUCUGCUCCCCAUGCAACUGAAACAUUCUACAAUGGUUUGCCAUUAGGGUAUUCAUUCAGAUAAUAUUUUCCUACUAGGAACUACAAACUUUAAACACUUUUUAAACCUUAAAAAUAUUUAAAAACAUAUUAAAAGGGUGUGUUAGUCCCUACAUUCUUCUUUACUAAUCAUUUCAGUUUUUUUCCUUUGGAUUAAUUGGGCAAGGAAGAUAUUUGAGUGUGGAAGAUUCAUUGCUCAGUUAUAACGAGUGAAAUAAAGGUUUAUUAGUAGGAGGCAAAUAAUACAUUAAAAUAGAUGAAGUUUGAGUUGGAGAUACGGUUUCUGAGGCAUUUUGACUUGUCUUUUUAAAUGCUUUAUUUUUUAAACACAAUUUAUUUUGAUAGAACCAUUGGGACCACCAGUAUUGCAGUCGGACCUGGGUAGGGACCAGAAGUGCUUGGCAGGGCAGCAACAACCUUACUUCUUUUAUAUAGUGUGCACCCUUGUGCAGAUGCAUUUAAAUCUUACACUGUGGUGAAGGGAUGAUUUUUAUAAUGCUGCAGUAGACUUGGAUUACUUAGCUGUGUUCUUGUCUGAUAUAGAAAAUAAAUGUUUUGCAUUAUUUCCACAUAGGGGAAAUAAGGGAAUACCUUUUUUUUUUUUUUUUUUAAAUAUUUCUGUGUUUAGAGUGACCUUUCCUGGUCAGAAAAUACCCAUCUCUUUGUGUGCUUUCUGCUUAUUUUCAUGUCCCCCCUUCUCCCCUCCCAGUACUCUUUGGGCUAAAGAUAGUCCUUUUUCACUGGCGUCAUCACUAUUAUCAUCAUUCAAAGCAUAAUUGUGCAAGUAUAUGUAAUGCUGGGUUUACUAUGUAAUACAUAUAGUGAUUAUGUAAGGUAAUACCCAUAACAGUUGUAGUUUCUUACUUGGCCAAGUGAUUGCAUAUUUAAAUGUUAGGUUUCUGCUUCGGUGAGAUCUUAACCAUCUCAGAAGAUAUUGGAAGGAGGGAUUUCCUUUGAUGUUCAGUCUUCUGAGGAAAUACCUGUUGGAGUUGGAGUUUAUCUGACAUUAUUCAUCUUCGUAGUUUGGAGAGUAUGAGGUUUGAAUUCAUUGAUAUACAUAGAGGGGAACCAAAUUUCUUGAUCCAGUAUGAAUUACAAAAUUGAUGAGAUCCAUGGUUCUUCAUUGUGGGGUUGAUGGCAUUAUGAGUGUUCUUAUUCAGCUCUUGAAUACUGCACCAUAUCCCCCACCUCCUUUUUUCCUUCCCUCUCCUCCAAGGAUAAAGAAAUGAUGGAUUUUCUGUUGUACAUUCAAAUCUUAACAUUAAUUAAGACUAAGUCUAGGCACUGUACUAGGAAUUGCUAGGUUUCUACCUUUCCAAUUUAACGUGCUGGUGUUCAAAAACAGUUGCCAAGGGAUGAGACCCUCUAUACUUUGCUUAUUUGAAGAGUCAGUGGUAGGAGCAGUGAAGAAAAUUCCAUGGAAUAAUUUCUGAAAUAGCACAUUUCUGAAGUCAUAAGUAAGUUGAUUCAGGUUCUAACCCUUUAUACAAGCAAAUAGAAAUGCAUCUGUUAUAUAGUGAGAAAAGGCUGUAUGCUAACUGAGCAUGCUUUUUAAGUCCUUUAAAAAUACUCAGCAUAUAAACUUGCGUUUGAGCUUGUCAGUGGUUUUUUUGUUGGUAAUGUGUGUUCUCUCUCGAAUUUUCUAAUGUGUGCUGUGAAUAACCCAAGAAGACCAGUUCCUUUUGGGUUCCUUAUUUGAUUUACUUUUUACUUAAUUAUAUAUUACUUAAGUACAUUCUAACAUUGCAGAUAUUACCGUAAGUGGGUAAAAGUAAAAUUGGUCUUCUGAAAAUGUGUCCUGUGCUCUUAAGUUCCACAAAUACAAAGUACAUUCAUUUUCAUAGAAACUCAGUAUCAUUUCUAAACCAGAAGUGUUUUUUCUUGCACUAACAAUGGUGUAAGAAGGAAAAGUAAAGGAGUUUUUUUCUGCUUAAAAAUAUAUAGUUAUUGGAUUUCUAGCUACAUUGAAAAUAAAGUAUGGUUUCAAACUGGA